AUGAAAUUCUUCGUUUGCGUUCUUUCUUUGGUUGUUGCCUUGUUGGCACCUUCACAGGCCACAUUUGAUGUAAUUGCUAGUGUACCUUCUGCAGGAGGGUAUGCUGGCGGCUAUAGUGCUGGAUAUGGUGGAGGUUAUAGUGCUGGAUAUGGUGGAGGCUAUGGUGCUGGAUAUGGCGGUGGUUAUGGUUACGGUGGAAAUUAUGGUGGUUAUAGUCCCAGUUAUGGCAAUAACGUUAAAGUCGUCAAGGUGACUGUAGUUCCAAGUGGCUCAUAUGGAGCUGGAUCUUAUGGUGCCGGAUCGUAUGGUGUUGGUUCAUAUAGUGCAGGUUCAUAUGGUGCUGGUUCGUAUGGUGUUGGAUCUUAUGGUUAUGGUGCUGCUGUGGCUCCUGUGACUGCUGCCGUCACCACACCGGUCGUUACUGCUGUUACUACCCCCGUCGUUACCUCAACUGUUGGCGCUGCAUAUGCCGGUUCAUAUGGUGUUGGAUCUUAUGGUGCUGGAUCAUAUGGUUAUGGCAGUAAUAUUAUUCCUUCUUAUGGUUAUGGCGCAGGCUAUGGCAACAGCUUCGGACAAGGUUAUGGAGCUGCUGCUGGAUGCUUUUAA